GAUGAAAUUAGUGAUCUUAUUUUUGCUUUGUCAUAUGCUAUAUUGUGUAGAUGUAGAUAAAAACACUUUCUCAAAUUACAAAGAUGUGAAAACACAACAUCUUCAUAUAGAAUGGCUCUUGAAUCUUAAUGAUAAAGUAAUUGAUGGAUCUGUAGAAUACACAUUCAAAGUUUAUGCCAGUUAAUUGACUGAAGUAAGAGAAGUGUGCUAAAGUAGGUUCAUUUGGACAUUUAUAAAAUGAAUAUCCUGUUUGUUUAUUAUCCAAACAAUGGUCAAGUGUUGAAAUAUCAUGUAGAAUCUGAUCCAAUUCAGAAAGAAGAAUAAGGAGAGAAGUUGGUUAUUGAAUUAGGAUAAGUAUACAAAUAUGGUGAAAUUGUAAAAUUUAGAAUCAAAUAUCAAAUUGGUGAAGAUGCUAGAGCACUUAGUUUUAUGGAUCCAUCAUAAACAGAUGAUAAAAGUAUAUGGAAUUAUAAAUUAUGAUUAGAGGCUCCAUAUUUAUUUUCAUAAUGUGAAGCAAACAAUUGUAGAUCUAUGAUUCCAUUAUAGGAUACACCAAGCAUUAAAUUUACUUAUUCAGCAACAGUAAUAACUUAAUCUCCAUUAAUAAAUGUGUUUAUGAGUGGAAAUAGAUUGUAAACACAAAAAUUCUAAUUGAUGAACAAUUAUAAUAUGAAUUCCAUAGCUAAUGUCUUUUAAUUUGAAUUGAAUAUCAAGAUUCCUGCUUAUUUGAUAGCUAUUGUUGCAGGUACAGUGGAAGAAAGAUCUACUGGAACAAGAACAGCUGUAAUAUCUGAAACUAAAAAUAUUGAGAAAUAUUAAAAGGAAUUAGAAGAUUUAGAUAAAUAUGUACAGUAUUUAGAAGAUUAUAUUGGUGAAUAUAAAUGGGGAGCAUAUAAGAUAGUAAUAUUACCAGCAUCAUUUCCUUUUGGAGGUAUGGAGAAUCCACUCUUAACAUUUGCUAAUCCUACAAUAAUAGUUGGAGAUAAGAGUGGAGUAAGUGUGGCUGUUCAUGAAAUUGCUCAUUCUUGGUUUGGAAAUACAGUCACAUGUAAUAAUUGGUCAAAUAUGUGGAUUAAUGAAGGAUUUUGUGUUUUUCUAGAAAGAAAAGGACUUAAAACAUUGUUUGGAGAUAUAAAUUUAGUUCAUGUUAAUUCUUAAGUUGGAAAUAAUGAAAUGAAUGCAUUAAUAAAAGAAUUCAAUUCAAGUUAAGAUGACUUUAUUAAAUCAUAUGCUAGUUUACAUCCCAAGACUGAAAAUCAUAAUGCUGAUGAUAGUUUUAGUGUAAUAAUAUAAUAUUAUAUUUUAGACUAUUCCUUAUGAAAGAGGAUUUUAAUUAUUGUAUUAUCUUGAAAAACAAAUCAAUGAAACAAGAUUUUAAUAAUUAUUAAAGGAUUGGUUAUAAGAAUAUGAAUAUAAGAGUGCAGAUGAAAAUGACUUCUAUAGAUUUAUGAUAUUUUGGUUAAAGAUAAAUUUGAGUAGUGAAGAAUUCUUAAGUGUCAAAAAAAGUAUAGAUAAUGUCUAUAAUAAAUGGGUUUAUGAUUAUGGUUAACCACCUAUUGAAGAAAAAUUUGAGAAUCCUGCAUCCAAAGAUGUACUCGAAUUAGUAAAUUCUUGGAUUGAAGGUAAAGGAACUAAACCAUAAAAUUAUCAAAUCUUUGAUAAUUUUAAAUCAAAUCAAAAAUAAUUAUUCUUAUCUACCUUAUAAGAUAAAAAUAAAGAUGUUACUGAUGCCAUUAUGGUAUCUUUAGAAGAUGCAUAUCAUCUUAGUGAUUUAACUGAUGCCGAAUUAUUGUUUAGAUGGUAUACUUUGUCUAUUAUUACAAAAUAUGCUAAGGAUACAACAAAUUUAUAAAAGAUUAGAAAAUUUGUUGGUUUAGUAGGAAGAAUGAAAAUGGUUAAUCCAAUUUAUAAAGCUUUAAAUAAGUAAUAGUUAUUUUUAUUAUAUUUAAUAGAGAAACUGCAACUUAAUGGUACCAAGAGAAUUACGCAUUUUAUCAUCCAUUAACCAGAUAAUCAAUAGAAAGUAUAAUCAAGAACAAAACUAUAAUAAAAUGAUAU